AAGGGUGGAGGAUGUAUUGCGCCUGGGUAUAAUAUCAAGGGUCAUUUUUUAUACCCAAAAACAAAAACAAACGAUGCACAUGUCUGUUAUCCAUCAAAUUAGGAGGGUAAAGGAAGGUAACUGUGUACAGCGCCAUCUAUUAUUUUUUUGAGGAACGUAACUGGAAAGUCAAAUUUGACAACUUGAUCCAUUUCGCCGGAGAAUGUAGUGUAAUAUUAUAACAUAAGAAUUUCCUAGCUUUCAAAUUGGAAAUUAUUUCUGUAAUAGUAUAUUGUUUUUUUUUUGUACAAAAUGGGGUAAUUGUAAAUACGUGUUAGGCAACCCUGCACUAUCCUAAAAAAAAAUCGAACGUCAGUUUGACAUGUAGAUGUCGUGUGGCUGUCAUUCAAUUUAUCAUCAUCAUGAGUUUUAACGAAAAUCGACUUUCUAGAUGAUAAUAUAUAAGACUUCGAAGCAUUUUUGAAAUAUUGUACUGCCGUUUGAAAUAAAAAUGGUAUGGAGGACAAUUCCAUUCCUUGUAAGAAAACGCCAGCUUGGCAAAACUGUGUCCACUGUCCGAGUCUCCUGUUCAGCACUGCCACGGAAUUCGAAAGGCAUAUCCACGACAAACACAGUAUUAAGGAGGGGUCGAUCGUACUCUGCCAAUAUGGACAAAAUGGAAUUUGCUCAGCCAUACAGUUUGGAGAUUUACGUAAAGCGGGAUUUAAAUAUCACGUAAGGGAGUAUCACUUAUACGAAAAAGAUGUUACAGAAGACUGGACAUUUUAUUCUUCAUCACAAAAUCUUCCUGCAGUAUUGAAUGACCCUAACAGAGGUAAACAAACAAAUUUUUUCACUAAAACAUGGGGUGAUAGUUUUGUGGACAAAAUAGACAUACAACCAAGUCCAUAUUUACCUGAAAUCACCUUAUUGCAUUUUGAGUCAUACUGCAAAAAAAUUGCUAAAAGAUAUCGCAGACAUUGUAAACUUAAAGAAAAUGUCCCAGCCAAAACAAAAACACCUACAGUAGAGAAUGUAUGUGAGAUACCUGAGAUAUUUUAUGAACCUUCAUUACCACUGAGCAACCCUGAUGUUUUUCAUAAAGUUUUUCCUAAUCUUGUUGACUCUGAGGAUCAAAGUAUGGCCAUAAGAACUCUUCAAGAAACAUUAAGCACAUAUUUGGAUGUAAUUGAGAUGAAAAUAUCUAAACAGGUAGCUCAAAAAUCUGAUGCAUUUUUUCAUGCUAUGCUUUCGCAUGAUACUAUUAUGGAACAGAUGGCGAAUGCAGUAAAAACUGUCCAACAAACCAGGCAAAGUAUCACAAAAGUCAAAGGAAAUUUGACAGAAAGCCCCUUAAAACUGGUCAGCUUGACAAGAAUCAACCACAAUGUUACAAAUGUACAUGAACUAUUAAAGUUAAUGGGGACUGUACAGCAGACCCAACCCAUGAUUCAACUGCUGCUGAGUACCUCAGAUUAUGUAGCUGCACUGGAUCUAAUCAGUUCCACACAAAAGGUAUUAUCUACUCGUCUUUCUGGUAUCCAGGCAUUUAGACACUUGUCUCCACAACUGACUGAAAUGAAGAGAUUAAUUCAUAAAAUGUUAAGUAAUGAAUUCCAAAGAUUCAUAGUAUCAGACUUUAAUAGACCUCCAACAGAUCAGACUGAUAUACCAGAAAGAGACAAAAUAGUAUCCAUUGUUUCUGGAAUACUUCGUCUAAAGGAAUUUGAUUUUAUAGACACAUUCAAGAUAGAAGCAAUGACUUCAAUCCAAGCAACAAUAAAACAGUGUGUGAUUGAAAUAAUCUCAGAAAGAGAUGGAAAUACAGAAAUUGUGUUGAGGGGGACUAACUCUGACAACACUUGGCUUCUAUGUAAUGAAGGAAUAACUUUCCUUCAGAAAAUAUCUCCAAACUUAAUAAAUCUAUUUAAAAGAAUAUUAUCUUUACACAAUUUAAUAAUUGAAAUUAGUCAGAUGGAUGAUGUAACUGGAAAUGAAAGUGAAGAAAUGUGGACUCCUGAUGAAUUGGCAUCAGUAGAAGAAAAAUUAAAAAAGAUGAUUGUGUCGCUGUCAGACUAUUGUAGUGAAAGGUGUGCCAACCUCAUGGUGACUAAAAAUGAAAAAGACUAUGUAUUUUCGGGCCUGGCUCAGUUGUCUAAAUUGACAGAGUUAAUAGAAGAUUUAUCUGAUGAUAUGGAAAAGAUAACUAGCCAUAGUAGUAAUGCACUGAGACUUGCAUUAAGAAGUUUUGCUAUGAAAAACAUACAAAGCUUACACACCGAGCGUAGAUCACAACUGACUUCCACUCUCAAUGCUGAACGAUGGAAAACAGCAGAAGUUAGCAGUGAACUGCAGAAUGCAAUAGAUCAGAUAUGUGAUAAAGGAGAGAUACUCAACACAGUACACAAUGAAACAAGAAAGUCAGAUGGCAAAUACUUAAUUAUAAAUAAAGAAAAUUAUGCUGUAGUUGCAACAGUACAACUUUUGAUAAAAAUAUUACUAGAAUAUUGUGAUGCAACAAAGCAAUCUCCUGUUAUAGUGCAGUAUUUAGUUCAUUGUAUGUUGGAGCUGAUCAGGUUGUUCAAUUCUCGGUGCUGUCAGUUGGUGCUGGGUGCGGGCGCAAUACAGAGUGCAGGGUUGAAAACAAUAUCUACAUCCAACUUGGCACUGGUUUCAAGAUCUCUACAAGUCAUUCUUUGGUUGCUGCCCCUCAUAAGGGGGCAUCUAGAAAAACUUCAUUCUAAAGAACUAUCUCUCAAUGGCUUUGGUAAUAUUGAAAGUGAUAUAGUUAGCCAUAAGCAAGAAAUAGAAAAUAAGAUUUGCCUCAUAGUAAGUAAUAUGUUAGGAUCACAGUUAUCUGGGUGGGAUGCUAAACCUCCUGUUCCAUCGCAAACAUUCCGAAGUAUUUCCAAACAUUUAGUUAAAUUACAUGAAGCUCUAAUUGAUAUUUUACCAAUUGAUCAAAUAAGGACCAUUUAUAAAAGAGUACAUGAUAACUUUAAGGACAAAUUAAGAGAGCAAUUAGUUAAAAUGAAUAUAGUAGCAAAUGGUAGUCCUCAACAUGGAGUGGUCACAUCAGAAUUAACCUUCUACUUGCAAACUCUCAAGACACUUCGAGUCAUAAAUGAGAAUGACUCUGAAGACAAUAUAUUGUAUGAUAUUUGGCUAAACUAGUUGUAUGUAAUUCUAUUUUUUUUAAGUAGGUCAUGAAAUACACUAUGGAGGCUACAAAGCAGUUCUACUAUGUAAGUCUUCAUAAUAAAUAUAUUAUAUUGUUUAACAUAAAUCGGACCCUGUCUGGCUACAUAAUAGUAGAACCAAAGAUAAUGUGGUUGUUAAUUAUGAAAGUUAUUAAACUCCACUUCAUAAAUAUUAUAUGACUGUAGAUAAUGUUUAUGUAUAUAUAAACAAGCUGCUCUCCAUUCAUUUAUAUAGUAAUAGAUAAAAUAAAAUGGUGCUUUCAAUUAAAGGGCUUUUUAUGUAAAAAAUAUAUCUGUUCACACUUUGAAUACCAAAAUAAUUACGGCUUUGUGAUGCAUGAAUUAAAAUGUAAUUCGUUUUUAAUGUAAAUGGCAAGCUUUGAUUACUGCUUUUUAAUGAAGUUCUGUCCAUACAGCUUACAGCACUGCAGUGUAAUAACUGACAUACAACAGUAUUUAUUAUUUAACAUUUUGGUUAGGGCUGUUUAUACUUAAGUUUCAAAAUAUAUGUAAAUAAAUUAUGAAUACUGACUGGUAAAAUCACUGAUGUAUGCUUCCUUAGAACUGCAAAAUUAAAAUUAGCCAGCUAGUGUUAUGUUUUCUAAGGAUAAUACUAGUCCAUUUAUUACUAAACCAUAUACUAGUGUUUUUACAAGUCAUAAACAGUAUUUUGCAAACCCUGAAAUGUAUGUAAAUUAUAUUGAUAAAAGAAUAAAGCACUCAGAUGGACAAUAA